GAAGAAAGAAAGGAAAAAAAGAAAAAGCUGAAGAAGCGUAGAAACGACGUGGGCAAGUCACAAGAGCCCUUACCUAUAUAAACUGAAACGAGAGAGAGAGAGAGAUCCGUUUCUCAUAUCUUUACAAUCUCUCCACAAAAAAACCUAAAGGCCAAAGCUUGCUUUCAGUUUCUUUCAGAAUCGAAACGCGCCAUCGUUGUUGCUUCAGUAAGUUGUUAUCAGUUUGAAGAUCGAAAAAGAAGAAUGAGGAUUAGUUUUCCUGAGGCAGAGCUAUGCGGUAGCGACACUUGGUGUCGAGCAAGUAACCGAACCGACCAAUGUGAUUGACUCAUCCGUUCCAGCUCAAAGUUCCGGAACAGAGCCUUCACUCACUCCUCCUGUCACCAAAUCGGUUAAUCCAGAACCAGCGCAUUCUGUUGACUCAACCAUCUUAAGUGGCGGAGUAGUCAAUUCAACGGAUGCUCAUGCCGAUGCACCAGUUCAAACUUGUUCACCACCAACCUUAUUCAGUUUCCCUCCUCUUGGCCCUACCGGUUCAUUGCCAGGUCCUGUUUUUGGUUGUUCAUCUCCCUCUGUUUCUUCCGGAUUCUCGUCAAGGCAAGCCAACAUUUUCGGUUCUGGUGCUUCCACAUCCUCAACAGGAGGAGAUUGCGCUUCAAGCACUACCCCUAAAUAUCCAUUCGGAACAAGCCCACUAGCUACUACUACACCAGCUUCUGGUCGUGGUUCGUUUUUUACUGAACAAGGUAGUAGGUAUCCUCGUUAUGCACCUACACCAGAUCUUGAUUCUUCUGGAGGUCAAGGCAAGAUGAUCAUCUCCAUCUCUGCCUCCAACUCUCAUCGACAUAAAAGUCAUGAAGAAUUGAGGUGGGAAGAUUACAUAAAAGGAGACAAAGGUGGGUUACCUGCUGCUCAUACAUCUCCCUUUAACUCAUCAAUGGUAUCUCCAAGCACACCUGAUCAUCUUCAGAGGACAACUGUUGGUCCAACGCAUGGAAACCCGACUGGUUUUCCUUUUGGCUACACCAUCCCCACUGCUGUUCAGAGACCCCAUGAACCCGCUGGUGUUUCUGGAUGCACAGCGUGUGGAGCCACUAGUAGCUCCUCUCCUUCUGGUCACUUGGCCUUGAACGGUACCACCACAAAUCCUCCAUCAUCUAUUCCCGGGUUGUUCUUUUGUACCUAUGGUUCUUGUCCUUUGCUGUUUGGCACACCAAAUCCUGCAGCUUAUGGUACAACGACAACAACAACUCCAGCAGCUCAGCCCUAUGGUAUGAUGUUUGGUACAUCAAAUCUUGCAGCUCAAGGUAUAACUCCAGCAGUUCAAGUUUAUCCUGUUCAUGGUUUAAUUCUUCUCCCAUUCGGCGCCAUGAGUCUGCAGUAAUUGCUCAUCGCUUUGUAUCAAACAAAGUUUCGUCCAUCUUUAUGAUUUUUCCUUAGUAAAGAUUCAGCUAUCACGGAUGUAAAACAACAUUUUUUUACAUUUUUCUUCUUUGUAUUCGUAAAACAUCAU